AUGUCUUUUCAAGCACCCGUCUCCAAGUGCAGGACGUCGAUCCCCGGAUUAGGCACACUGGACGGCCUCCAAUAUCCCAAAGGUGUUCAACAGUUCUGCGGCAUUCCGUAUGGAAGACUCUCAAAAAGAUGGACUCGUUCCGUUCUUCAGACCUCGUGGGCAGGGGAAUACCACGACGGAACUCGCUUGGGAAACAACUGUCCAAACCCAGAAACCGAUGGAGACGACUCCGACGACCUUGUUCCCGUCCCACCAGCACCCCAUUUUUCGGAUCCGCCUAUCGUCGAUGAGUUAUCCGCGCUGGUAAUGAACAUCGUCAUUCCACACGCCUGCGGCGCGAACGAAAAGCCUCUUCCGGUCUUCGUCUACAUCCACGGCGGCUCCUUCCUCUACGGUGGUGCAAACCUCCCAAUCUUCGACGCAGUCAACCUAGUCUCGCACAGCCUAUCAAUCGGUCUCCCCAUAAUCUACGUCAACUUCAACUACCGCGUCGGCAUCGGCGGGUUCCUCGCGGGCUCCGCAAUUGCCGCUGAGCUGGAAAAGGAUGGAUGGGCAGGUAGCGGUAACUUCGGCUUCGCAGAUCAACAGAUUGCAUUUGAGUGGGUGCAAAAUUAUAUCCGGCUUUUUGGGGGUGACCCCGAAAAUGUCACAGCUGUUGGCGAGUCCGCUGGGAGUAUCUCGAUAAGUAAUCAGCUUCUCGCGAAUACACCACCCAUAUUUCAUCGGGUCGUCUGUAUGUCUGGCUCAUCAGUCUCAAUUCCCCCGUGGACAAUAGAGCAGCAUGAUUGCUUCUUUCAAGCUGUUUGUGCGCAUUUUCAGAUCGAUCCGGCUGCAGCUGAUGCCCUCGAUAAACUUCGCGCUAUUCCCCAGCAGAAGCUUGCGAAUGCAACGCCUGCAAUCCAUGGGGUCCCUUCUGGAACAGGGAAUCCCUGUAUAGACGGUUGGUUCUAUCGUGCAGAUGUCGACCACAGUCAGGUUCAUACUCCCCCAGUCUGGUUGACAGGUUUGAUGCUUGGGGAUACGUAUCACGAGGGAGUAAUAUUUCAUCUCAAUCUCGUUGAAGGAGAAGAGAACUUUGAAUCUGUUCGUCAGAUCCUCCAGUCAUUCAUCCAGGAUGAAAGCCAUACCGACACAAUCCUGAAAGCGUAUCAGAUCACAGACAAUCUACCACUUCCCGAAUUGUUAGGUCGAGUUGAGCACAUGUGCGGUGAUGCCAUAUUCAAGAUACCCAACUACCUGCUUGCUCAAAAAUGUGAGAGUGAUUAUCCAGGCGAAACAUACUUGUACCACUUCGACCAACGAUCUCGGCUCAAAAACGUGUUCGAGGGAACGUCAUAUCAUGCGCAUGAGCUGCUGUACCUUUUUGGAAACUUGGAUAACGAGAUGAAUGAUGAUGAGCAGAAUAUGGCAAGACACUUUGCAUCUGCCUGGGUUCGGUUUGCGAAUGGGCUUGUCCCGUGGGAGUCUAGUGAGGAUCGGAGGUGGAUGGUUUGGGGUCCUUUGGGGGUAUUUGAACUGAAAAGUGAGCAAGAAGAUGAGGCUGAUCGUAAUUACGAGAGGAUGGACAUGGUUUUGAGGCUGGGAGAUGGAACUGUGUGGAAGAAGUGGCUUUCUGGGGUUGACUCGCUAGUCAACAGGCGAUGGAGGCUAUUUGGUUAUUCCUAG